AUGUUCGGCGCAUUAAAUCGCUUCAUCGGCCGGCUAGACGGGGAGCCUGGCCAACAGCCUCGCAACGGCCCCAGUGACAACGCAUUCGGUUUCCAGGUCCUCCGCAACAAAGACCCAGAACUACCUCUAGAGCCAUGGUUUGACUUUAUCGUGGGCAUUAACGGUCAUACAAUUGAAGAUCCGGACCCAAACCUGUUUGCGACAGAAUGCCGAAAUUGCGCUGGGGGAAGCUUGACACUUGAAGUUUGGAGUGCGAAGGGUCAACGAACACACACAGUCACUCAUCCUAUACCGCCAACGAACCCCUCCCUCGGCCUCACGCUGCAGCUUGCCCCCCUCUCUUCUACGCAAAACAUCUGGCAUGUUAUUGCAAUUCCAUCGCCGCUCAGCCCCGCAUACCAAGCCGGUUUGCUUCCUUACUCGGACUAUAUCAUUGGAACCCCCAGCGGGACGUUAAGAGGGGAGUCGGCACUCGGGGAGUUGGUUGAAGAUCAUCUAAAUCGCACACUGGUUCUGUGGGUUUACAAUAGCGAAUUUGAUGUGGUUCGUGAGGUCGAGCUCGUCCCUACGAGGGGCUGGGGUGGCGAAGGCGCCCUUGGUGCAGAGUUAGGAUACGGGGCUCUUCACCGACUACCCAUUGGGCUUGGAGAAGAGGUCGAGGGACCAGGGGAGGUUGUAUUCGAGACACGCGAAGAUGGCACUGCUGCCCCGGUGGGUGGCCCUACAAGCGCUAUCCCGGGAAUGACAGCUCCGUCGGGUAACUUCCUAGUCCCAGCAAAUAUCGUAGCGCCGCCACCCCUAGCCUCCGCUCAAGCAAGAGGUGCAUCGCCGUUACAGAGCAGAUCCCCCGUCGGCCGUCGAGCAGGGAAAUCACGGCCAGUGGUAUCGCCCAACAGAGCCUUUGAUGAUUACUUUGCCGAGGGUGAAGAGAAAAGUCGCGAGCAAGACUAUGCGCCGUCACGGCAUGGUACUCCUCUGCCUCCGCCGCCGAAGAUGGGAGGCCCGCACCCUCACUCGCCUGCGCCGGAAGGAUCACCAGGACCUGCGGAGGAAGAAUAA